UUCACGCAUACAUGACCCUGAAGUCUACUUCAAACUGGAUAAGUGUGCUUUAAAGCCAGAUCCAGAAGCGGUCCCAGGUCCGAGCGGUUAUAUACCCGAACCUAAGGCCGUUGAUUCAGGGGAGCUGUGUGUCUCUGACUUGAGUGGUCCUCAACCACAACCUCAAAUGGAAGAGAAGAUUUCACUCUUGCAUUUGCAUUUCACCCAAAAUAUUUCCAACCUGGACAAGCAACAAAUGGAGAGCAGGAAGAGAUGGGUCUCCAUCUGUAAAGUCUUCGACAACCUCUACGUUGGAAGCUGGUAAGUCUGCAACACAUUCAUGAUGUAUAGUUCAAAGCCAUGUGAUGCUUUAAUAGGGUAAUGGAGACAGUGUUGGGUAGGUUACUUCAAGAGAGUGAUUACUUCAGAAGCUCUCCCUGUUCCACAUUGUCUAUUUGACAUUCCAGCCUUUGUUGCCGGAAAUAAAAUAUAUUGUGGAGCUGGAUUAGUGACAAAUGAAUGAGUUAAUUCAGCUGAAUAUAUUGUAAGAGGUUACUUAAGAUACUUAAGAGGUUUCCUUUGAGUCUGUAUAUGUUUCUGCAUUGUAAGUCCGUAUAGAAAGCUGAUUAAAGUUGUUUGUGAUCUUGUGCAGGAAAAGGGCAAUGGACAGAGUUGCACUGAAGAGGAGAGGAAUUACACACGUCCUGAACACUUUACCCAUUUUGGCAAAUCAAGAUGCAUUGAGGAGGGAACAGGCCAAGCUGUACGAGACAAUGAACAUCUCCUACCACAACGUGUUUUCAAGAGACGAUGACCCGUUUGACUUUAGCUGCCAUAUCUACCGAGUGGCAGAACUCAUGCACAAGAUUCUGAGCAACCCAGAGAGUAAGAACACACACACACACACACACACACACACAGUGUAUUAAUAUCAUGUUCUAGUGUGUUCAAUUGUUUUGUGUCUUUCUUUUCUCAGAUCAGCUGCUGGUGCAGGAUCAACAGGGUUGCAGGCACGCCUGCUUUUUCGUGGUGCCAUAUCUGAUGAUAUACCAUGGAAAAACAUUGACGAAGGCCAUUAGCCAUAUGAUAAACCGUAAAAACAUCAGAAUGAGCAGGGACCUCCUGACGCAGCUAGUCGUCUUCGCUUGUCACCACAAUCAGCAGCAACAGCCGGGUUUGAUGCCGGAGUUUUCAUCUAUCGACAUAAACCACCCUCAGACCAUUUCCCAAAUGUACCUUCGUAUCGUCAAACCCUCCCAGUACUGGACUCCUGUCAGUGAAGUCUGGCCCAAUGUCUUCAUAGCUGACGAGAAAACAGCGAGGAACAAAGCCAAACUGAAAAAGAUGAACAUCACGCACAUUGUGAACGCUGUGCCGUUGUCCUUAAAGGAAGAGGAAUGGAAGGACUACUACCAGAAGAAGAACAUCACUUACUACAAUGUGCGUUCAGGACUCGGAGUCCAGGGCUGGCCAAACAUAGCACAGUUAUUUUCACCAGCAGCAGAAUUCCUACACAAGGCCCUGAGUGACACAAAGAAUAAGGUGUUGCUGUACUGCAGCGAGGGCUUAAACCAGUCCGUCGUGCUUUUUAUGGCAUAUCUGAUGAUCCACCAGCGCAUGAAGCUGGAAGAAGCAUUUGAGUUUGUGUUGGAGAGGAGACGCAUGUGGAUAAGCAGGGACUACUUGAACCAGCUGGUGAUGUUGAAUCUGGACCUCGCAAAGCUUCGCGAAUUGAACGAGUGUAGACCCUGCUGCACAGCCUGCUACGAAGCUAUCUUGCAGCUUAAUCUAACGUAACAUGCAGUAUGUAAAUAUGUAAAUAUGGUGUUGACAUGUCUGUUUGUCUUCUGUUCAUGAGCAUUGUGAGAAAAAUAAAGAAAGAUUUGCUUCAAUUGUGUUUCUGACCAGUUUUUCAGCUGACAAAGUUCAACCAGAAGAUUAUGGAGACUUAAUUACUGCAUAAUUACAAAUAUAGAGUAUACUUACUCAUGAGUAAAA